AUAUUCAUAACCAAUCACAGCACAUGGAUUGACUUGGUCUGGAAAUUGUCGAAACUGUGCAAUUUUGACUUCAAACCCGUCGAAAGUCCACGAAUACCGAAUAACUUCACCACAACAGCUUUUCCUAAUGUCGUCAACUAGAAUUCUGCGUAUUGCUACGCGCGCGCAGCCAUCGGCUAUUUUCAGAUCUAAUGGACUCCGAAGCUUCACUCCCCGUGCUGCCCCAACAAUGAGCGCAACUUCUGCCAGCUCUUUCAGCACCACCAGCCGUAGUUUGUCUGCCGAUAAGGACGGGCAAGAAGCUGGUCACCACGAGGAGAGCUUCGAGGAAUUCACAGCUAGAUAUGAGAAGGAAUUCGAGCAAGUUCAAGAUGUUUUCGAGCUCCAGAGAAACCUCAACAACGCUUUUGCCUACGAUCUCGUACCUUCCCCAUCCGUCGUCGUUGCUGCAUUGAAAGCCGCAAGAAGAGUUAACGAUUACCCUACAGCCGUACGAAUCUUUGAGGGUAUCAAGGCAAAGGUCGAGAACCGUGGCCAAUACGACCAAUAUUUGGAGGAACUUAAGCCUCUCCGUGAGGAAUUAGGUGUGAGCUUGAAGGAGGACCUCUACCCAGAGUCUAAAUAGAUGAUGAUAAUGGUGAAGGAGGGAAGAGCUUUUGUAGAUGGAGGGGAAAUGAUACUGAGGAUAGAUGGACAGAGUGCUUCAUGACUCUGGAUUGCGACUUUUCUCAUCUGUACAGCUGUAUUAAGAAUCAAAAUCCACCACCCACCAGUUUGGAGAAGACCUGUCAAUUGCCAUCGUAUUCAGUGACAAGGAGGAUUUUGAUAUUUGUUAC